AGCAGAUGACGGAGGAAUCCCAGAAUUCCCUGGCCUCGCUCCGAUCCCAACUGGAAGAAUUCCAGGAAAAAUCCCGGCGGGAACUCACGGAUUCCCAAAAAAUCGCCCAAGAGCGCGAGGCUGAGGCGGAAAAAUUCCAAGAAAACCUCGGGAAGCUGCAGGAUGAGGUUUCGCGGUUGAAGGAGACGAUCCAGGAAAAUCGGGAAGAGCGGGAUCGGAUCCUGCUGGAUAAGGAGCUGCUGCUCCAGAGGUUCCAGGAGCUGGAGGAGGAGCUGGAAAAUCGGAAGCGAUCCCAGGAGGAGCGAGCCCGGAAUUCCAAAGCGUUGGAGGAAAAAUCCAAACGUUUGGAAUUGGAGCUGGACGAGGAGCGGAGCUCGGUGGAGCUGCUGAGCGAGAGGGUGGCCAGGAGCCGGGAUCAGAUCGAGCAGCUCCGGGCUGAGCUGCUCCAGGAGCGUUCGAGCCGCCAGGACCUGGAAUGUGACAAAUCCUCCCUGGAGCGCCAGAAUAAGGAGCUGAAGAACCGGCUGGCGGCUUCCGAGGGGCAGCAGAAACCCGGGAAUGCUCGGAAUUCCCAGCUGGAAUCGCAGCUGGAAGAGCUCCGGGAUCGGCUCCAGGCUGAGGAGAGGGAGAAGAGCGUCCUGCUCUCAUCCAACCGGAAGCUGGAGCGGAGGAUGAAGGAAUUGUCGCUGCAGUUGGACGAGGAACGGCGCAGCAGCGACAGCCAGAGGGAUCAGCUGAGCCUGCGGGUGAAGGCCCUGAAGCGCCAGGUGGACGAAUCCGAGGAGGAAAUCGAACGCUUGGAAAACGCCCGGAAAAAAUCCCAGCGGGAUCUGGAGGAGCAGCAGGAGCUGAACGAGCAGCUCCAGAGGCGCCUGAAAUCCAUGGAAAAGGAGGCCUGGCGCCGUGCCGUGGAUUCGGCGCUCCAGGACGAGCGGCUGAGCUCGGAUGAGGAAUUCGGAUCCGCCGCCUUCGCCUCCCUCCUGAGCGAGGCCAACCUGCAGGCCAGCUCCUGCUGAG